AUGUCGUCCACCCCCAUCCAAAAGUUCACUCUAAUUUCCUCCUUUGCUGCAAAUAUUAUUUAUCUGUCAAAUAAACAUGAAACCCCCUCACCGAAUGCCACUCAAGCUGCGUGGGACCCGAAGGCGCCUAGACAACCCGACGUCGAGCCGAAUUUCGUAUUUGGCGACCAAAAUGGUCUUCUGAAUCUCAUGGAGAGAGUAUUCUCUCUCCACGUCCUUGCACAAGAGACAGGAGGCCUGGAUUCCAAGUCAAUAACUCAGGCUCUCACUGUAUGGAAUGAUCUGGAACAUCUGAGGCCCCCGGAACCCCUCGAUACGCCUCGUUAUCUUUCGUUACAUGCGGCCUGCGUAUCGGCAUUAUUUGUGUGGCUUUAUCUUGUUGUUCACCCAGAGGAUAUUGGAGACGAGAAAGUGCAAACCACUGUACAUACUGGUCUUGUAAACGCAGAGAAUGUCUCUGAUUCCGAAACUUUCCCGUUCUUGCUUAUUCCUGCCUUUUGCCUUGGCCUAGCCAGCAUUCGAGACGAAGAGAGAGAGUGUGUGAAGGGUAUUUUUGACAAAGCCGAGCGGUCGGGAAUAUCGAAGAGAUUCAGAGAAACAGUCACAAAGAGCUGGAAAAGGCAGGAUAGGGGUAUGAAAAGGAGUUGGGAUUGGAGUAUUUGA